AUGGAUAACUUCAUGGAAUCACUGAACAGGCUGAAGGAAGCCCAUGAGAAGGAGGUGCUGGGCCUGCAGAACAAGCUUCUGGAACUGAACUCAGAGCGGUGCCGGGAUGCACAGAGGGUGGAGGAACUCUUCGCCAAGAACCACCAGCUCAGGGAGCAACAGAAGGCGCUGAAGGAAAACCUGCGGGUGCUGGAGAACAGACUGCGGGCUGGCCUGUGUGACCGCUGCAUGGUCACCCAGGAGCUGGCCAGGAAGAAGCGGUUGGAGCUGGAGAGCACGCACCUACAGAGCCUGCAGCACCUCUGCGUCCUCACCAAUGAGAUGAAUGGACUGAAGGAGGAAAAUAAGAUCCUGAAGGAAGAAGUGAAGAGGCUUCGGAGCCUGGGAGACAAGUCUGCACCCCAGGCCCAGGAGGGCACCUCUGAGCCCCCGUCACCUCUGCUGCUGACCUCCCCUGGUGGCUGGAAGGGCACCCCCGAGAACCUCCCAGGAGGCCCUGAAGAGGCUGAGGAAGACGAGCCUAGCACAGCUCCCCAGAGAGAAGAAAAGCCAGCAAGCCACAAGACAUCCCCAGUGGCCAGAAUCUCCCCAGCUGCCAACAUGCCUGAGCCACGGACCCUGGACAUGAGCCCCCAGUGUAUUUCCAACCAACUGCACUCAACGGUAGCUGUGGUACGGCCUGGCUCUCGGGCCUGCCCACCAGACUGUGGCUCUGCCAAUGGGACACCCCCACCGCCAUCCACCAGAAGCAGCCCACUCAGUCUGACUUAUGAACAUGGCCUCCCUCUGGACAGCUUCCUGCGUGCCUCCCGGCCCUCAGCCAUGGCCUACGAGGCCCUGAAGCGCUCUCUGCAGGCCGACCGCCUCUGCCUCCUGAACCCGCACCCGUCCCUGCGCCAGCGCAGCCCGCACAGCAGCCCCCCGACUCCGGCUGCAGCUGCCCACAGCCCUCGGUCCCAGAGCCUGAAGGCCGGAGAGGCAGCGGCGUGGGAGGAGCCCACAGGCCUGCCUGGCACCUUGGUGGGCAUACAGGACCCACGGCUGGAAGGGGCACUGCAGCUGCUGCUGGCUCAACAGCAGCUUCGGGCUUGGGCACGGGCAGGCACUGCCAGGCCACGGGGCUUGUCCACACCAGAGGUGAUGCCAUCAUCCCCACGGGCUAGCUCCGACUCUGAGAGCUCCGAGAAGGAAGCCCCCGGAACAACUCCAAGCACAGCAGCCCAGCCUGGUGAGCCGCACCCUCCGCCCACAGGUCCAGGAGGCGGCCGGCGGAAGGAGACGCGUGUGGCCACUCAGGACUGUCCCCCAGACAAGCCCCUGGACCUCUCUGACCGGGGCCGGUGUUGGGAUGCCCCCAAGUCCACUGGCAAGCCUUUGUCACCCAGCCCCACGGUUGUCCACACUCCCAGUCCUCAGCCACCUGCCUUGUCCAGACUCUUGACUCGCAGCCCCUGGGCCCUCAGCAACGGCACCAAAAAAACCGGAGUUCAAGAGCCUGAAGAACCCUGCGCUUCCAAGGUGAGGGGCCCAGCCUGUACUCAUCGUCUAUGUUCCUCCACUUCAGGCAGGCAACCUACCUUCCUUGGCCUGCCGUCUUCCCUCUGCCCCACCAAGGGCAGGGCCACCUGGCUGCCCUGGCCCCAUGCCAGCCUGCCCUCUUGGACAGCAGGGGAGGCUGGAGGAAGGUCAAAGCCAGCACCCCACCUGCACAGGCCUAACACCGAUGGGCUCCCAGAACCCAGCAAGGCCGAGGUACAAAGGCCAGAAAUGGACGAACUGGAGGAGCCAGACACCUCAGACAGCGAGGUGGACCUGAGGUCUGAGGCAAGUGUGGAGCCAAGCAUGCUGGGAGAGGAGCAUCAACAGGGUCUACAGCAGAAGAGGAAAUGGGCCUCAGACACAGAGAACAAAGACCCCAAGAAGCCUUCUCAAGGGAGGAGGAAACUGAAGGAGCCCCUGACAGCAGCAGAGGGGCCCAGAAGCCCAAGGGACACUGAGGACGGCAGCAUGUCCCCAGCAACAGCCGUGGGAGACUUAGCCCAUUAGGCUAAGGGGUCCUGCACUUGCUCAGAAAUGGCUCCAUGUCACAGUCAGGUGACACAGAUCAAACCACCCAACCAUCAGACAGCUUGGCAUAGUUGGUGCACCCAGGCCUGCGCUAUCGAGAGGAGCUGGUGAGGCCCAAUUCAGGCCUCUGGGCAGCAUCACCAAAAAAGCCUGUUGCACCCAGCCAUGCAAGGUGUUGGGACAACACUGGGGUGGGGGAGUAUGGACUGUUCAGUCUCCAGCCCAGUCCCACCCUUGCUGCCCUUUUUUGGCAACACCCCCACCUCCAG